CACACAAUUACAAAACACAUAAUCUUCAUUAAGUCCUCUUAAUCAUCUCUACAUCUUUUCUUUUUGUUGUCCAACAAAAACAAAAACAUGGGAAUUUCAUCACAUUGGCAUGAUAUGUUACUCGUCUCUAAGAUUGUUAUGGUUGUUGUUCUUAUGGUUAGUGCUACCGCCUAUGGCGCAGGCAAUUUCAAGGAUGAGUUUCAACCUACAUUUGGUGAUGGUAGAGUUCGGAUUUUCGGUCAGGCCGGCGAGCUUCUCUCUCUCACCCUAGACAAAUAUUCCGGAUCCGGGUUCCGGUCUAACAAGGAAUACUUGUAUGGAAGGGUCGAUAUGCAAUUGAAACUUGUGCCCGGUAACUCUGCUGGCACCGUUACUACAUUUUAUUUAUCAGCUGAUCAAACCACAGGCAUACAUGAUGAGAUUGAUUUCGAGUUCUUGGGAAACUCGAGUGGAAACCCUUACACCAUCCACACCAAUGUGUUUAGCCAAGGGAAAGGCAACAGGGAGCAGCAAUUCCACCUUUGGUUUGAUCCUACUAAGAACUUCCACACUUAUUCCAUCGUUUGGAACACAAAACUCAUCAUGUUCUUAAUUGACGAAACACCAGUGAGAAUAUUCAGAAACCAUGAGAAACAUGGAGUUUCAUUCCCAAAGAAGCAGCCUAUGACAAUCCAUGCUAGCCUUUGGAAUGCUGACGAUUGGGCUACUCAAGGUGGUUUGGUGAAGACUGAUUGGUCUAAAGCACCCUUCACAGCAUACUACCGCAACUUCAAUAUUGAUGGUUGUGUUGUAGGUGACAGUCAUUCCUCUUGUGCUACUGAACCCGCUGCUAACACCAAUUCUGAAAGGCCGGCUAAUGGAGGGAGAACGCGUGCUUCAUGGAGGACCCAUGAUCUUGAUGCAAAUGGCAGGAAAAGGAUGAGAUGGGUGCAUAAACACUUUAAGGUUUAUGAUUAUUGCAGUGACUCAAAUCGAUUUCCUCAAGGUUAUCCUACUGAGUGCAAGCACAACAGGGUUUAGGGUUGAUUGAAGAGAAAACUAGACAAACAAAAUCCUUGUUAUAUCAUAUUGAAUAAAUAGUACGUAAAUCAUAUAAUUCUUUGUAUUUGGUAUGUGUUUGAUUGUUAUUAAAUUUACAUUCUUUGAUUCAUAGAAAUAAAAGUCUUGUCUGUUCUUUUGAAUGUUUAAGUCCACCCUGCCUCAAGUGAAAAUUCAGGAGAAAGGAAUCAAGUGACCAAUAAUAAU